GUCCCCUUCCACUCGAGAGCUUAACAAGACCCAUGUGUGUGCUGGUGGUCGUUGCGGGGGUCAAGAUCAGCUCACAGACGUGCGCACGCGGGCACACUACAGGUUGCAGAGGACGAACUAAACGGACAAGAUUUCGGAUAGCGUGUUGCACUUUCAGUCAUCUGGCUCAUUCAUCUGACCGGAUUUGUCAUUCUUCGUGAACAUAAUGACAGAGAAUGUGCGUACAGUUGCUCCAACCAUGCUUUACCCUGUGACACCAACUCCCGACACCGAAGUGGAUCACUUUAGGCAGUUAUCCGUGAAAUUAUCCCCACAGUCGAACUUGCCCCUCGAACUGGAAAGGGUGAUCUAUUCCUCAGAUCCCGCGCAUGCGAGGCUGGAAGAUAUUCCCACGCAUUAUGCGCAACAUGUGGUACAACAUUCGCAACAACUCGUGCAACGGCAGCAUUCACACUAUCCACUAUCGGAGCAAGCAGCUUACCGUUUCCCCGUUGAUCACCAAAUGGAACGCAUUCAUUUAUCACACGGCAUCCUGCACUUAGACCAGUCCAUCACGCAUGCUUCUCCUGCUUCGAACAUUCCCAUGCCAGAGGCUACCUCAUCCCCGGAAUUGCUGGCCAAUUCGACAUCCUCGUACAAUCCGGUUACAGACACCAUUCAUUGGGCUAGAAGAGGAAUGACUGAGUCGUGUGAAUUGAAUAAACUGGAUAGCUGGUCCGCCUCGUCUACUCCGCGACGUCCACUAGAGCCUGCGUCGACACUACGCAACGCACCGUCAAUGUACUACGAAGGUAUAAGUUAUCCAUCAACUUCGCACCCAACUGAUUCUGCUCUGACUAGAUUCGACAACAGCGCCCAGUACCUGUUUGAAACCGGUAACAUCAGCUUCAAACUGCAACAGUCACCAUAUCACGGCGCACAGGUCAGUACAGUGAACUCGCCUCAGUCACGGUGGACAACCAAAGGUUGUCGGUCCAGUGUGGAAGAGGAACCGUUGUCCAACGAGCAUCUGGUGUCAGGCGGACCGCUCAUUGACCAGUAUUCACAACUGCCCUUUAUGAUGUCGUACCUGACAAACAAUACAAGACUGGGGAAUCUAAACAAACCGGACAUUUCUCCCUCACAGACACAUCUCCCCGACGCCACCAACACCACAACAAACAUUGUGACCAAUAAUCAUUUUGGUUGCUCCUACCAAACCAGUCCAGGUGACUCGAGCAGUGAUCCAUCCGGAACACUGUCAAUGGAGCGAAGUACCUCCGGCUACCAUAGUCACCUGGAGACAGCGUGUGGACCAGCUAAUGCCCUUAGUGGUCCAAACCCGCGUGCUUACCCAAUCGGGGCGCGAGGUGAACCAAUGUGUUCAGGAGACUCGUCCUCGUGCUCCGUGCGUAAUUGUUCUACACCAAACUCCGCCGAUUUAGCCCAGCAAGCCUCUUCCGACUGCAUGAUUCAAGUGACUCCAGAUGAGGGCGUAUCCUUGAAGCAGGAGGCUUCCGUGGUGGAGCCACAGUUAAGUUUGCCAACUCACUAUGCAUCGUUGUCGAAUGGCGUGCAUGUGAUGGGGUCAGCAAAUCUACCGGCGCAUCGGUGUCAGCUUAGCACCAUGGAUGACGGAUCUCAGUCAGUCAAGGGAGACAAUAGACACGAGCUAACGGAUGAAUCAGAUGCGGGGAACAAGUCGACUGAUGAGAAUACGGUGGAAACAGAAGGAGGAAAAAAGAGCAACGCAACUCGACGAUCAGAGAAACCGCCGUUCUCCUACAUCGCCUUGAUAGCCAUGGCAAUUCAAGCGUCUCCAACCAAACGUUGCACUCUCAGUGAGAUAUACCAGUAUCUGCACACUCAGUUCGCAUUUUUUCGUGGUCAGUACACCGGUUGGAAGAAUUCGGUACGGCACAACCUGUCCCUGAACGAGGUGUUCAUUAAGCUUCCCAAAGGAAUGGGACGUCCAGGAAAGGGUCAUUACUGGACAAUCGAUCCUACAGCUGAGUAUAUGUUCCAAGAUGGAGCCUCUCGGAGACGUCCUCGAGGAUUUCGCCGCAAGUGUGCCUCUGCUGUAGCAGCUGCUGUCGCCGCCAACAUCUCUUCGGCAAACGGAUACGCUCAGCUACCUUAUGGCGCGAACUCCAGCGGCGGUAGCAACUUCAGUACAAUGAACAACAGCCAAGAAAGCAAUAAUCUCCCCUCUGGUUAUAAAUUUCCUCCUACGCACUUCUCUUCAGUAAGUUUAGGCCCCUUAAAUGGAAACACUUUGACCAAGGAGAUGACGCAGUUUUUCGGGCCUAACAACUUUUCCUUGACACGUGGCAACAAUACGUCGUUGCAUCCUGUUGAAUUCGGGCCCCUCGGUGGUCUACCUCCCAUGUCCUCCUGCGUUACAUCUCUGUCCAUGAACUCCGGCAAUCCUGCUUUGGGUGGUGAUGAGACAGACAGCAUAGAACCUUCAUCCUCCUCCGCAACAUUAGAUAGUAUAUUUAGCUUCCACUCGAGCCUAAAUGGCAUGGUACCCGGCUUAUGCAACAAUCAUUCUUUCAACCCAACUAUGGAUACAGCCAGGCAGCGAGCAAUGAAUCAUAAUUGUUCGUCAUCUCCGGCGCGAGCCUCUAAAACACGCGUUAGGCGGCAGAGAUCCCCAUUCGUGCCUGUAACAUGUUGCAAUGGUAACAGUGGUGCCUGUCCGGCGGAAGUACUAGAUUUCCAUCCACUCCGCGCACAUGAACAACAAAUUCUCCAUCAACCUCCCACGGCCUACCAACUCCCUUCCAUCUACCAGGCGAUUACAUUCGGUUUACCAAAUACAGGGAAUCACCAGAUAGAGAAUUCGAACUCUGCGCUUUACGGGCUACCAAAUAUUGACCCUUCAGUAUCCAACGAGUUGUCUUGUCCAUAUGCAAUUCGACCUGGGUUCGACACGUUUAUGCCGUCAGAUACAAACCCCAUAGCAGUUCAGCCGCCAUCCAAUGCAGAGGAUAUACUCAAAACGCAUCACAUCUAUCCGGAUGCACUGCGUGUGAAGCAUCAAUUGAUGUGCCAGCUGUCUGACCCCCCUGCCUCUCCGAAGCCACAGUUUGAAGAAACCGGGCUGAGUACCUUUCAAACCUGGACGUACAACACUAGUAAGCCACCUCUGCAAGAAGAGUGGACCUCCUAUGCACAAUGCGCAGCUCCUAUUGCGCUCAGAACUGACGUCGAUUCCUUAGCGAACAACCACGCUCUUAGGAGCGUAGUCAGUCCAUCUCAAUCAGCCGAGGUUGCUCCACCUAGCGACGCAAAUUCCAUCAGUAAUACUUCUUCCUCUCACAGAUGGUCCCCGUCCGAUCUGGCCGUCAUGGUGGCGAGUUACGAGGCCGCACUGUACGCCUCCACCUCCAAAUCAGUUUCCUGUUCUGUUUCACCCCCCUCCUCGGAUAUGGACAGACGUUGUGAGGUUGGCGCUAUGUCCCCGCAUAUGUAUUCCUCUCAACCGAAUCCCGCACUCGGAGCGGGAUUGUCAGUGGAGAGCGCGAAGACGGUGUUGAAUAGUUUGAACCAGCAGUUGCAGCACGGGUUGCAUGACUCCGAGUGCGUCGGCCCUGAUCAAGCUCGCACACCGAUCAAACUGGAUCUAUGUCCUGACAAAUCCGGCAUAAACAAUACACGAAAUAUCAACACCGUUCGGUUGCACAGUGGCAGUGAUUUCCAAAGAACUCUCACGGAUCAAGUUGUUCGGCAUUCCGCUCCAAUGACCACCUCCGUAUGACAUCGCUAGACGUGUCGAUUGGUGAACAUGACGACGCCAAAGACACUCUAUGUGACCGACCGUUUCAGACGGUCCACAUACUAUGGUGAAAAAGGAGCACUGCUUAUUGAUGAACUCUGUGUGCCCCGGGUGCCGUGCAGGUGAUACACACACACACACACACACACGCACACAGAUACACUACGCAUACUUUGUAACAGCACUUUGAUUGUGCUCCUUCUAUUUCUGUCUCCUACGAAGAGGCUAGUUGUACAAUGUUUCCCCUCCCUCUCGCAAACACGAAGUAAGCCAGUGAGGUGUCUUUGAUUGGCCAACGUUUUUGCCUUUGUGUGUGUGUGUGUGCCCUCUUUCAAAUGCAUCUGUCCACAUGCUUUCGCUUAACUUAUCAUUCAGCCUUUCCAUAUGCGUGUGCGCUAAUUUUGAGGGACAUCAUUCCCGGGACCUGUUGAGGUUAAUUUGCAUUGGGAAUGAAGAGCCACUUUUGACUUGCCCGUAGGUUUUGUUCACCUGUGCCCAGUGUGGGCCUCUGACAUAAAAUCCUGAAAUACCCACCG